CCUCCUCCUCCUCCUCCUCCUCCUCCUCCUCCUCCUCCUCCUCCUCCUCCUCCUCCUCCUCCUCCUCCUCCUCCUCCUCCUCCUCCUCCUCCUCCUCCUCCUCCUCCUCCUCCUCCUCCUCCUCCUCCUCCUCCUCCUCCUCCUCCUCCUCCUCCUCCUCCUCCUCCUCCUCCUCCUCCUCCUCCUCCUCCUCCUCCUCCUCCUCCUCCUCCUCCUCCUCCUCCUCCUCCUCCUCCUCCUCCUCCUCCUCCUCCUCCUCCUCCUCCUCCUCCUCCUCCUCCUCCUCCUCCUCCUCCUCCUCCUCCUCCUCCUCCUCCUCCUCCUCCUCCUCCUCCUCCUCCUCCUCCUCCUCCUCCUCCUCCUCCUCCUCCUCCUCCUCCUCCUCCUCCUCCUCCUCCUCCUCCUCCUCCUCCUCCUCCUCCUCCUCCUCCUCCUCCUCCUCCUCCUCCUCCUCCUCCUCCUCCUCCUCCUCCUCCUCCUCCUCCUCCUCCUCCUCCUCCUCCUCCUCCUCCUCCUCCUCCUCCUCCUCCUCCUCCUCCUCCUCCUCCUCCUCCUCCUCCUCCUCCUCCUCCUCCUCCUCCUCCUCCUCCUCCUCCUCCUCCUCCUCCUCCUCCUCCUCCUCCUCCUCCUCCUCCUCCUCCUCCUCCUCCUCCUCCUCCUCCUCCUCCUCCUCCUCCUCCUCCUCCUCCUCCUCCUCCUCCUCCUCCUCCUCCUCCUCCUCCUCCUCCUCCUCCUCCUCCUCCUCCUCCUCCUCCUCCUCCUCCUCCUCCUCCUCCUCCUCCUCCUCCUCCUCCUCCUCCUCCUCCUCCUCCUCCUCCUCCUCCUCCUCCUCCUCCUCCUCCUCCUCCUCCUCCUCCUCCUCCUCCUCCUCCUCCUCCUCCUCCUCCUCCUCCUCCUCCUCCUCCUCCUCCUCCUCCUCCUCCUCCUCCUCCUCCUCCUCCUCCUCCUCCUCCUCCUCCUCCUCCUCCUCCUCCUCCUCCUCCUCCUCCUCCUCCUCCUCCUCCUCCUCCUCCUCCUCCUCCUCCUCCUCCUCCUCCUCCUCCUCCUCCUCCUCCUCCUCCUCCUCCUCCUCCUCCUCCUCCUCCUCCUCCUCCUCCUCCUCCUCCUCCUCCUCCUCCUCCUCCUCCUCCUCCUCCUCCUCCUCCUCCUCCUCCUCCUCCUCCUCCUCCUCCUCCUCCUCCUCCUCCUCCUCCUCCUCCUCCUCCUCCUCCUCCUCCUCCUCCUCCUCCUCCUCCUCCUCCUCCUCCUCCUCCUCCUCCUCCUCCUCCUCCUCCUCCUCCUCCUCCUCCUCCUCCUCCUCCUCCUCCUCCUCCUCCUCCUCCUCCUCCUCCUCCUCCUCCUCCUCCUCCUCCUCCUCCUCCUCCUCCUCCUCCUCCUCCUCCUCCUCCUCCUCCUCCUCCUCCUCCUCCUCCUCCUCCUCCUCCUCCUCCUCCUCCUCCUCCUCCUCCUCCUCCUCCUCCUCCUCCUCCUCCUCCUCCUCCUCCUCCUCCUCCUCCU